UGGAAAAGCAGCACCGCAGCAGCGGUCAUUAUCAUCAUUAUCAUCAUCGACGUCCUGCAGGGAAGCAAGCAUUAUGUGGUGGCUGGCACGUCAGGGUCUGAGCAAGUACAGCGUGUUUAAAGUUUAUUGCCGAAGAAUGUCUUCCACGGGCUUCCUCGUCGAUGAUCCCAAGUAUUCGUUUCUCAAGGAACUGGACAUUUCCAGCAGGAACCUGGGAGUCUACGACGGAAAGUGGGGAGGCACCGGCGAUGUGCUGACGACCUACUGCCCGGCCAACAAUCGGCCCAUUGCGGAAGUGGUGACGGCCACCCUGCCGGAGUACCACAAGGCGGUGGACGCGAGCGUGGAAGCCUGGAAGGUGUGGGCGGACAUCCCUGCCCCCCAGCGGGGGGAGAUUGUGCGCCAGAUUGGAGAUGCACUGCGCCAGAAGAAGUCUCAGCUGGGCCGCCUGGUCUCCCUUGAGAUGGGCAAGAUACUCUCCGAGGGAGAAGGGGAGGUGCAAGAGUACAUAGACAUUUGUGACUAUGCGGUGGGGCUGUCGCGCACACUGGAGGGCAAGUGGAUUCCAUCCGAGCGGCCGGGCCACGCACUGCUGGAGGCCUGGAACCCGCUGGGAGUGGUGGGUGUCAUCAGCGCCUUCAACUUCCCCGUGGCGGUGUACGGCUGGAACAGCGCCAUUGCCCUCGUCUGUGGGGACACCGUGGUGUGGAAGGGGGCCAGCACCACGCCACUGUGUGGCGUUGCAGUCACCAAGAUUUUGGCCAAGGUCUUUGAGGCCAACAACCUUCCGGGAGCCACUUGUGCGCUGGUGACGGGCGGUCCACCCGUGGGAGAUGCCAUGUCCAAGGACGACCGCGUGCGCCUGCUCUCCUUCACCGGCAGCACCCCCGUGGGGCGCCAGGUGGCCCUCAAGGUCCAGGAGCGCUUCGGCCGACCCCUGCUCGAGCUGGGCGGAAACAACGCCAUCUUGGUGGACAGCGACGCCGACCUCAACAUGGUGGUGCGGGCGGCGCUGUUUGCCUGUGUGGGGACUGCGGGACAGCGCUGCACCACCACCAGGAGGCUCAUCGUGCACCAGGAGGUGUACGAGCAGGUGGUGAGCCGGCUGAAGGCAGCCUACGGCCAGGUGCGGCUGGGAGACCCCCUGGAGGCCUCCACCCUGUGCGGGCCCCUGCACACGGAGAGGGCCGUGGACGAGUUCCUCGAGGCUGUAGCCGAAGCCAAGAAGCUUGGGGGCAAGAUUGAGUGUGGAGGAAAGCGCGUGGACGGGCCUGGCCACUUCGUGGAGCCGACCAUCGUGACAGGUCUGGCCCACGAUGCCCCCGUGGUGCACCGGGAGACCUUUGCGCCCAUCGUGUACGUGCUCAAGUGCCAGGACCUGGACCAGGCCAUUGCCUGGAACAACGAGGUGGAGCAGGGCCUGUCCAGCAGCCUCUUCACCCAGAACCUAGGACACGUCUUCAAGUGGCUGGGACCCAAGGGAUCUGACUGUGGAAUCGUCAAUGUCAACAUCCCCACCAACGGAGCUGAGAUUGGAGGUGCCUUUGGCGGGGAAAAGCACACCGGCGGUGGCCGCGAGUCCGGCAGUGACUCGUGGAAGCAGUACAUGCGUCGCUCGACUUGCACCAUCAACUAUACCAAGGAGCUUCCAUUGGCCCAGGGAAUCAAAUUUGAGUAGAAAGGAAAAAAGUUGUGCCAUACUUACUUGCAUGAACGUUGUGGAUGAUCGAAAUCACUAGCUCAUGCUCUCUUCUGUACGCAAACAGUGACUUAUCUUUUGGUCUUAUCCGUGAAACUUUUAGGAAGCACUUGGGAACAAUCUUUUGCAACAAGCUGCUCUGCUUUCUUUUGGCUAUGGGAUUUGUCACUUCACCCCAUCUGCGGCUAGCCGUAUUGCUUCCGUCUAUUGUUUUCUUACGAUGUUUUCAGCUACGAACAAAGUGGCGGUAGCACGGUGCUCCAGCAGCUUCUCUUGGUGUGCGUUGUCUGUUUGGAAAGGAUGUUGUGAGGUGUGUGCCUUAUACAGGGGUGGAGAGAAUACUGUGCACAUGAGGGAUAGAAAUGAGCAGCGUAGCUAUGUGUGGACAAUUACUUUUUCUACAUUCCAAUGGUGCCAUGUCAUCAGUGUCAAAGUUAAAUUUUUGCUACUAGAUUUUUCUACUGAACUGUUUACUGUUGUGCUCUCGGGUUCUCUGGAUCAGUAUUUUUAUUCCGUCUUCUUGGUCUUCGAGGACUUGUUCUGCUGCUCAAAAGGUAAAUGAAGGUGCCGAGAGACAGGUGGUGUAACACGAUUAUUGUAUUUACACUGUACUAUUUACAUGGAGGAAAAUGUGCACUGUUCCAGGGAGUUUCCCUCUUCAGCAUGUAGCAGUUGCACUUUGCAAUAAAACAUCUCAUUUGGAAUACAUUCUUCAA